AAAAAAGUAAAAACAAACAAAAAAAGGUGUUGACACAGACUGAUUAGAAUUUAGAAAGCAGUCUACGGCUCGGUACCAGUGAGAAUAUAUUGACUAUCGCAAGAAAUCUGAAUAAAAAUGACUGCUCUAUUCGACCCCUCAACAUCCACGGUGACCGAUGACGAAAGAAGCGAGGAUUGCUCCUUUCUCGAAACGAACAGGCCCCGUAGGAAAUGGAAGAAAGCCAGUGACUUCAACGCGACGUGGCCAGCUCCAACUUACGAACCUAACCCGUCAUGCCUCUGCGACACCUGUGAGAAGAAUUACCUCGUACAGCUGGCUGCCCCUUGGCGCACACCCCCAAGAAGGCGUUAUAGUGACACUUCCGACGAAGAGGUUUUGACUGAUGUCCUGGCUUAUGGCAAUGAAAAUGAAUCGUGCUUAGGAGAAACAGUAGUUUCUGUCGAUGUGAGAAACAACAGAAGGGGUUUCACUUCAACUCGAAAAAAUAAGGGCGGAACGAAGGUACUGAGCGAUAAAAUACCUGGGGACGAUAAAGAGGGAAAAAUGGGUAGUCCAGCUAUGUGUAACACCAUCCAGGAAAUAUCAACGCUGACAGAUGGGCGGCAAGAACGAAAACCUACGAAGAGCGAGAGCACAGAACCGGAAGUAGAGGAGGAAAGUUCAGACGCAAGAGCAAAUGACACCUCUGAUAUUUCGUCAGCUGAAAGUCUUGAAGAAACUGAGACCCAUAACCGGAAAAUAAAAAUUUCUUGUCAAAGAGAGAGUGAAACGAAACAUGAAAACAGGAGAGAAAAGUAUAAGUAUGAGAGACUGAAACCAUUGAACGAAACUGUCAAAACAGAGCCCAAUCAGACACGGCUGGAUAUGGAAAGUGAUUUGCAAGAUGGACAGAAUGCUGCUGUACAGUUCACGAACGAAAAUCAUGAAGGAACAGAGGCCCAUUUAGACAAGGAAGAUUGCGGAUACGAGUUAUCUGAAAUACUCUCCCUUCAGAUUGAUGAACAGAAAAAGAACGCCGUGGAUUCUCACCAAAAACUAGUCGGAAAUUUAGGAAACGUUGAGGGAAACGACGAACGUCCUGAUGAAAUCAACAGUUCCAACGAACCCGACACAGACGGGAGGACAGAGCGCGAAAAGGCAACCCUACUCCCUCCCAGAGAUAAAACAUAUUCCGAGAAGAAAACUAUCUACGAAGACGUGUGUCGUGCCUGCGAUAAAAACGUUGGGUACCAUCUUAGGAAACAAAUUAGAGAACGCAAGAGAUCAGGGCUGUCUGUGACAGAAGGCGGGAAAAACGAGGCACAGGAUCUGGUUCCCAAAACACUGAACGAGACAAGCACUGCAUUGGAAGUUGUGGAAAACGAUCUAGGAAAGGAAAUUCCAUUGACCAGGAACUCGCGGGAGAAACGGGACACUCCUGCUGGGUCGGUAAACGGGGCCGCUCAAGAUGCCACAGCACCUGAAAACGUCAGCUGCAUGGUCAUGACGCUGCCACAAACAGGCCUUCAUUUCACGAGAGGUGGGCACGGGUAUUCUCAGAGGGUUGCGAGUGCUUCAAGAAGAAAUCUCUCCAGCACAGGGAGGGGAAGUGUCAAUUGCAGGAGGCACAUAUUUUGUCGUAGACUUCAACUGAAUCGCAACACGAGUAAAACAACCGCGAGCAGCAGGAAUUUGGCGAGAAGACCCUUAGAAUGUUCCCUCAGGAGGAGCUUUCGAGGUCUGAGGGCUUCUUUGGGGUUGGGGUUAUCUCAUGGGAGGAGGAGUUUGAGAGCUCUGACGUUCGGAGACGCCGUCGAGAGAGAAACGCCUGUAGUACUUGAGCGAGAACUGACAGUGGUAACCAUUGGUAUAAUCAAAUUAAUCUUCGGCUAAUAAAUAACUCAUGUUACUGAUCUGGUGAAAGUUAUAACAUGACUUUAACAAAAAAUUUAAGUUUUGUACUUUAGCGACCUAGGAAAAUGAUAGCUAGUUGACUUUUGAAAAUAAGAGGAGAUAGAACUGAUUAAGAUUAAAGCAAUCUUAAUAAAUUUAUAUUAGCAUUGGCAACUGGAUAACUACUCAAAUUACUGUUUGAUUGCUAUUUGUUUCCCUUAGCCGAUAAUUUGUUGAAACCAUUUCUUUUUAAAAUUAGUAAUGAUUAGUAUUACCUUUAUUUAUCGUAAUGAUAAGUUUUACCUUUAUUUAUCGUAUCUGAAUGUUCUGUAACAUAGCUACUAUGUUAAAACUAGAUUUUACUUUGUUUUCAUGAAGCUUUUAGUCUCUCGUUAUUGUGGAAUGUCAAUGAUGUGUUAUCAAUGAGUUUUGAUGAAAAUACUGUGACAUUUACUGAUUACUUUUUUUUAACAAAUUUUUGUCUAUAAAUAUUAAUGUUGGUAGCUCGGUUCCCAAUGCUUCAUACAUAUUCAAUCAUUUCGGCAACUGACUGUUUGUUUUAAGAUUUUAUACAAUGUCGUCACUGUCUGUUAGUUUUAAGAUUUUAUACAAUGUCGUCUCAAAGCAGGACAUAUUAUUGUAAUGAAAAUUUUUUAAAUAAAGGUUCUAUUUUGCUUAGAAGUGUUUAGAAGCUGCAACCU